CGCGGACCCGGCGCCAUUUUGGUGGCCGGGCGCGGAGGUGAUUCCACACUGAGGAGAGCGCGGCGGCCGGGCCGGCAGUGUCUGCGUUCGUGUGCUCAGCUCUAAAAUCGCCGUGGGAGGAGACGGUAGAGGAAGAGGUGGCGGCGGUGGCGGUGGUGGUCGUCGUAGCGGUGGCGGAGGAGGCGGGUACGGCUCAGCUGCGGGAGGAGACAUGGCCAACAUCGCGGUGCAGCGAAUCAAGCGGGAGUUCAAGGAGGUGCUGAAGAGCGAGGAGACAAGCAAAAAUCAAAUUAAAGUAGAUCUUGUAGAUGAGAAUUUUACAGAAUUAAGAGGAGAAAUAGCAGGACCUCCAGACACACCAUAUGAAGGAGGAAGAUAUCAACUAGAAAUAAAAAUACCAGAAACAUAUCCAUUUAAUCCCCCUAAGGUCCGGUUUAUCACUAAAAUAUGGCAUCCUAAUAUUAGUUCUGUCACAGGGGCUAUUUGUUUGGACAUCCUGAAAGAUCAGUGGGCAGCAGCAAUGACUCUGCGCACGGUAUUAUUGUCAUUGCAAGCGCUACUGGCAGCUGCAGAGCCAGAUGAUCCUCAAGAUGCAGUGGUAGCGAAUCAGUACAAACAAAAUCCUGAAAUGUUCAAACAGACAGCUCGACUUUGGGCACAUGUGUAUGCUGGAGCACCUGUCUCUAGUCCAGAAUACACCAAAAAAAUAGAAAACCUAUGUGCUAUGGGCUUUGAUAGGAAUGCGGUAAUAGUGGCCUUGUCUUCAAAAUCAUGGGAUGUAGAGACUGCGACAGAACUCCUUCUGAGUAACUGAGACCUAGGGAGCUGCUGCUGUAUCCAGGCCUGCCCCUCCUUGAGGAGCAUCAGCACCUGUCAUUUUGGGGAUUCUGCAUAGAUUUCUUUUCAACUGGCAUUCUUGCCUAAUGAUGUUAUCUGGGCACCAUUGGAGACUGAGAAACAAAAAUCUCUGCUCUGUAAAUAAAGCUAAUUAAACGUCUGUGUAAAUUUUAAAAGGGGAAAUACUUUAAUUUUUUUUCUUACUAGUGUAAAAAUUCUUUGAGCUAAGCUAAAACCAUGGAAAAAAACAUGUUACUUUAGUGUUUAGCAGUGUACGAAGACUAGCAAGAGUUUGCUUCAGGAUUUUGUUGAAUGAGAUACUAUUUUGAGUGUGUCAGGGCCAUUCAAACUGUUGGUGUUGCAUCACAGCUACCUUAACUGUUUUUAAUAUGGAUCCUCUGUGCCUGUGAAUUUACUUGCAUGCUUGUACUUGACUUACUAGAAUGGGUAGCUGAAAAGAUCACCAUUUUAAGCAUUUGAAAAUUCUUAAAUAGAAGAUUUAUCCAGAAUUGAAAAUGGUGACCUGUUCAGAGCCUUUUGAUCCUUGUCAACAGACUGGGACACCAUAUCUAUUUUACCCCUCUUAACAAACACAGCUAAUAUUCUGAUAGUAACUUUCUCUAUAUUUGGUGGGGAAAUGUGCUGAGGAACAGUAUCCCUUGCUCCAUUUUUAGGUUGUCAUCGGGAAUGUUCUGUCAUAGUUUUCACCCAUAGAGCUUUCCUAUAUAGUAAUACUAUAAAAAUGGAGCUGCCAAUUUUUUUCUCUUGCAAAAACAGUAAAUACCUGAUGUUCCAUAUUCCCAGAUUUAAUGAAAGAACCCAACUUAGCUUUUUGAUGAAUUUGACAUCUAUUUUUAAACUGAUGAAAUUUUUUCUUUCAGAGCAAGUAUGAAAAUUAACUGUUUUCAGUUUUCUAGCCUAAUUUUGGCUUUAUAGAGAAUGCUUUAUUGGAUACUUAAACAAUCACUCUUGCUUGCAUUUACCCCUAUUGACAGACACAUAAAAGCUGUGUUGGUGUUUUACUGUACAUACUUCAGAUGCACAUAGGAAUAGAAGUGUGUUAUAAAUCUAGCUUUCUUUAUGAUGUUUCUGAUAUGAGAAUUGAAAACUUUACCUUUUCUUGUACAUAGUCAGACUUUCUAUUCAUAUUAAAGUUACAUUUCAUCCUAAGUUAAAAAGUUUGAAAAUUAUUAGUUUUGCAAGCUCAAACACUAAUGUGACCAUUUUAUGAAGGCUGAAGUUGACUUAAUGCAGGCAGUUCUAUACAUAGGAGCAAUAGUUCUUAAUUUUGUAGGACCAGUGCACAGUAUCAAAAUGUGCCGGAAUCAGAAUGAAUUAAAGCAAGACGGUAUACCGAAAGUCAUAGUAUAAAAGGUUUUUUUUUUUCUUCAAGUGUUCCCCUAAAUUAUAAGCAUUAAGUGUUUGGGAAACUAUUUUGAACCAUUCAACAUAAUUUUAUUUAACUCAAUCUUAGAAGCAAUAAAAGAACCAUUAUUAAAUAAUAUUGUAACGUUAAAGAUGUGAAGGUUCUUCCAAACACGUGAGGCUUUCCUAAUUGACAGUGAGCUCUUAGAGUUGAUAUUAUUGCAUAUUAAACACAAGUUGCUAUGCUUUUUGCCCUAUGUUUGCUUAUGCAUAAACCUACAGUCACCUCCUUUAAUUGUUGUAGUUUAGUUACUUUCUAAAGAUGCCAAAGGAAACUAGAUUUUCUUUAUUUAUUAAAUAGUUAAGACCUUGUACUUUUUUAUAUUUUGAAAUAAGGUGGAAUUGUGUGAACAUGUGGACAGUUAUAUUUCAUCGUUGGUUAAAAUUUUAUUUUUUUAGUGACGGGCAGCUUGGUAAUAUUUGGAUUAUUUGAAAUGUAUCAACUGCAUAUACCCAGUUUACUGCUUGCCUACAUUGUCAGGGUAUAUUUAGUUGUCCUGUAGUCCAGAGAGAAAAAAUUCAAGGUUACUAAAGAUAAAGCAUUUCCAUACACCCUUUCGGAGCCAGCUAUACCAUGCCUUUUGACUUAUAUGCCCAUCAACCCCAUAAGAUAAGUACUCUUCUAAGUAUGUUGUUACAUAUCCAGUGCCCAUGGAUACUGAAAAAUAUAAUAUUUGGUGAGGGGUUCUUCAUAAUGAAUUUUACAUUUACAAAUUUAUUUACCUCACUUGCAUUGAGUGUAAUACUCUUUCUUCUGGUAUUUCCCAGUGUCAUGUGAUGUCUUGUUUUGCUCUAGUGGGGGCUGUGCCCGUGACCAGACCAAGGGUUUCAUACAUAGGAAGCAUGCACUUGACCACCUAACGACACCCCUCCUCUACAGAGAUGGGGAGGUGGUGGUGUUUUUUUCACUUCUUAUAGGUAGAUUUAUUUCUCUACAUAUAGAAAUCAAGGCAAAUUACUUUUUCUCUGUUCUUUUUUUUUUUAAUUUUUUUAUUUAUUCAUGAGAAAGCUAGGCAGAGAGAGAAAGAACCAGGUAUCACUCUGGUACAUGUGCUGCCAGGGAUCGAACUCUGCACCUCAUGGCUGAGAAUUCAUUGCUUUAUCCACUGCACCACCUCCUGGACCACUUUUUCUCUGUUCUUAAAUAUGUCUGG